AUGAACUUGAGCGUGGGUCUGCAAGUCAGUCUCGCUUCCCUCUCCAUAAUGCAGACAUCGCAACCGUUGGCAGUACCGGUCCAAGUGUCCAUUCACAAUGCCGCGCCUUCUCCCGUCACUGUCCUCCGAUGGGGCACACCAUUAGACCCUCGUGCGGGGGUUUUGGGGGUUUUCGGGGUGUGCGACACAACAAACGGACAGGAUUUACCAAUGGACACGAUCAAGAUAUCCCGCAAGCUGCCUGCUUCGGUGGAAGACUUGGUGGAGAUCCCUGCCCAGCAUACCUUGAAUAUCGUGGUCAAUCUACCCCCGUUGCCUCUUGAACCUGGCCAUGAAUACUCCGUUCGCGCACAAGGAACCUGGCAUGCUGUAUGGGAAAGCCCACUGGCCGAUGUAAACGCAUCCCAGCGGCAGGAACUUGGAGGGGCAAAGCGCGGGGCAUUUCAGUCGAAUUCUGUUCUAGUCAAGAUGGAAUGA